AAAAAUUCACCAUGAACAUCAUGUGAUGUCGAAAUUGUCUCAAAUUCGAUCUAAAUAAUACCAAAAUAAUUUUUUUAAAAAAAAAUGUAUUUGUGAAAUUAUUUAAUGGAUUGUAUCAAAUGUCAGGGUUCAAGCAAUCGACAUGACCACUCUUGUCUCUUGUUCUUCUUCUUCUUUAAUCAUCGCUUCUCGCUUAGCAUCCAUCAACAGCGGCGGCCGCAAGAGGAAGAAAAGUAGAUGGGGAAGGAAAAACAACCAAAUCCUGCCCCAGCGCCUCUACCAAUCCAGAUCGACAUCAACUUCGCCGGCGCCGCAGCUUUUUCCCCUUCCCCCACCUCCCCCCAUCACCCGCACCGAAGCCCUCGACCGCCUACUGACCGACCUGGAGGUCGCCCUCGACCGCGGCGUACCCUUCGAUCCCUCCCUCUCCUCCUCCCUCCUCGAGACAUGCACCCAAAUGCGCUCCCUUAGCCAGGGCGCCCGCCUCCACCGCCUUAUCCCCGCCGCGGUCCUUCGCCGCAGCGCCUCCCUCUCCUCCAAGCUCGUCCGCUUUUACGCUGCCUGCGGCCAGAUCGAGAAGGCCCACCGCGUCUUCGACCAAAUGCCGCAAAGAAACAAAUCCCACGCUUUCCCAUGGAACUCUCUCCUCUCGGGCUACGUCGAGCUGGGCAUCCACGAGGACGCCAUGGCUCUGUACCACCAGAUGGAGGAAGAGGGCGUCGAACCCGACGAGUACACCUUUCCCCGGGUCCUCAAGGCGUGCUCCGGCAUCGGGUCGAUCCGCCACGGUGAGGCCGUCCAUCGCCACUUGGUUCGCUCCGGGUUCGGCCACGACGCCUUCGUGCUGAACGCGCUCGUCGACAUGUACUCCAAGUGCGGCGACAUCCAGAAAGCUCGCAAGGUGUUCGACAAUAUGACAAGCCGAGACUCUGUUUCCUGGAACUCUAUGCUUGUGGGUUACAUCCGCCAUGGGCUGCCACACGAAGCGCUCGACAUCUGCAGAGGAAUGGUUCGCGCUGGUUCGCAACUCGACUCCAUUACAAUCUCGGCUAUGUCAUCCUCAUUUUCCAGUUGGAAGAAGCUCGGGCUGGAGAUUCAUGGCUGGGUUCUUCGCCGGGGGCUCGAGUGGGAAUUAUCGACUGCGAAUUCUUUGGUCACGAUGUACUCCGAGCAAAGUCGGCUGGAUCUUGCAAGGUGGAUCUUUGCGGCGAUGCCGAAGAAGGAUUUGGUGUCAUGGAACGCGAUAAUACGGGCGCACAGUCGAGACCAUCGGGCGCUGACUCUGUUUCAGCAAAUGGUGGACUCCGGUGUGAGCCCCGACCAUGUCACCUUCGUGUCGUUGCUGUCUGCUUGCGCGAACCUGGGGCGCGUGGAGGAUGGCAAAGGCUGCUUCUCCGACAUGGAGCACGAGUUCCAGUUGAAGCCUGGGCUCGAGCACUACGGCUGCAUGGUGAACUUGCUGGGGAGAGCAGGACUGCUCGACGAAGCAUAUGAGAUGGCAAUGGCAUCCGCGUCUGCGAGCAAAGACAUGGACGUCGAAGGGGGAGCAACUGUCUGGGGCGCUCUGCUCUAUGCUUGCUCGCUGCACGGGGAGGUCGAGAUCGCCGAGGUUGCGGCCCGGCGAUUGUUCGAGCUGGAGCCUGACAACGAGCACAAUUUUGAACUCUUGAUGAGCGUAUACAGAGAUGCUGGAAGGUUGGAGGAGGUAGAACGAGUGAGGUCGUUGAUGGAGGAGAGGGGAUUGGAAUCAGAGUUGUAGCAAACUACAAAUUACAAUGACAAUUUUCAGGAUGGAUCAUUUCACAGUGCA